GAAGCGUGGUGGCGAGGACGUUGUCAAGGCCGUGUUGGUUUGUUCCCGGGCAACUACUGUCGCUUGAAUGUGUGAAACUUGAAACAAACAAAGCGAGCGGUUGAAUGCGAUGGAGAGACUGAUGAAUAGCGAGAUAGAGACAGAUACGUAACUUGGAUGACAUGCAUGAACAAGAAUGGUCCAUUCAAGCGCUAGCCAUGCUGCAGCUAGAUCAACCAGCCAAGACGUUGACGCAUGUGGGAAGGCCAGUUUUGUGGGUGCAGGGAGACACGCUGGCUGUCUUGCGAGAGAGUCCAUGUCUUGCGCUGGACCAGCAACAACAAGCCUCUGUACGUUCCAUGAAGCAGCGCUUUGACGGCAGCGUCUGUGCAUUGCCAAAAGUAAACCUGGACGAAGCACUCGUCGUCUGCAGCAAUGAGCAAGAAGCGCGCAUCUGCGUCUCGACCCAUCAGGAGCAAAGCCUGCAAUUGCUCAUCUUGGAUUCUAGCAGCGAUGAGACACCUAAGCCGCUCAUCUGUCUCUUCUUUCCACUUGGCGCACUGUCACAACAGAGGUGCGAUGCGCUGAAGCCAUUCAAUCAAAAUGCCAGAGAUCCACAAGCAAUUAAGCACGGUACAGAUCGGUAUUCCCUGCGCAGACUCAAACGCUUCCUGCUAGGCUUUGAAUGGUUUCUCGACUUGGCACAACGACCGAAACAUCUGCAUUGUCGUGACCAUAUUCCCUCCUGGUUGGAAUCAGGCGCAGAGGGCAUCUUCCGCGGAGAACACCAAGGAGCUGCCAAAUCAACCGUUCAGCAACAGAAGCAAGACAAGUCGCAGCUAGAACGCUUGCAGAACGUGGUCCGCCAUCUUGGUAUGGAGAAGUCAUCGAGGGAAUCAUCCACACCGGUUGUGUAUGCACCGCAACGAGCAGGCGGCUGGAGAACGCGUGCCACCAUCCUGCCCGUCCAUAAAAAAGGCGAACGAGAGGUGAGCGGGGCGAGUAGUGAGGAUUGGCAAGGUGAAGGGAGUAUUGCAGCGCGCAUCUUGCAAGGCGUCGGGAUGCGCCCGUUGCCGGACUUGCGGCAUUUGUUCAGACCAUAGAUCAUCUGAUAGACUAUUGAGUGGAUUGCUCCUUCUCGCGCUCCAUCUCGGCCGUGAGAUAGGCGUUGCAGUCGUCUUGCAUACUGAUGAUGGCCUUGUUGAGCGCUGUCAACGUGCCGGCCGUCUUUCCGUCGCUUGUGCUUAUGCGUGCCUCUUCAAAGGAGGAUGUCAGGGUAUGUUUCG